AUGGCUGGUUCUGGUGGUAAUUUUACAAGCUGCUGGUUUUUUUCAAAUUCCGCCCAUAUUCAAGGUCUGUUUCAAAAAAAUACGUUUUUGCUUUUUCAAAUAGGUUUUUUUGUUGGAUAAGAGAGGGCUCUUGGUGUCCAGUUAAAAUCCCAAAAAAUUAGUCAAAAUAUGAGUUUCUUUUUUGGAUCGUCGUAAAUUGGCCAAAAAAAAAAAAUGAAAGAUGCAAAAUAUUUUUUUGUGAUUCAAAACAUCUUUAAGCGGAAGAUCUCUGGAUUGAAAAAAUUGGAAUAGAAUUUCAGGAAAAUGGAAUCCAAGGGAAGAGAGAGCACUGAUCGUAACAAAGUUUGGAUUUCAACAAACCAAAAUUGGAGACGAAAAAAAUACUCGCGGUUUCCUGUACGGACAUGUCACGACUCAAGCCCCAUACAAUUAUUCAAGUAUUCUGAUUUUUUUUCUUCUUUUUGAAAACAUCUUUUUAAGGUCCUGUUCUUCUGGUUCUGGCGUCUAAAAAAAGCAUUGCAUAUUUCCGAUCAGAUUCAGAAUAUGGAAUGUCUUGCGGCUCUAUGUUGAAAGUUCUCAAUCCUUUUUUUGGAUUCAAUGAAACUUUUUUCAGAACAUUUCCAAGGAAGGAUUUGAGUCGAAAUGUUUUUCGAACGGAACAAGUGAUGUCUUCCGUUGGGUCCCAUGUCCUCAAGGUCAUUUGUGCAAGGUGAUUUUUCUUUGGAAUAUUCAAACUUUCGCAGUUUUCAGGACGAAGACAACGCUUCAAACGUGAUUCCUGGCUAUCAGAUGACGUUACAAGUUCAGGAAUCGUAUAGCCCUGAGUAUUGGUGAGUUUUAGUGCUUUCGGAUGAUAAAAUUGAAAAUGUGCGGAAAGACUCAUUACCUGGUUUUUUUUCAUUUUGUGAGUUUGUGAAAAUUCACGAAUAAAUCCUUUUACGAUUUUUUUUCCUUUUCAUUUUUUUUUCUGGAACUUAGCGCAAAAGCUAAGGAGAUUUUUUUGUGUCACCGCAAAUUUUUUAGGUAUGUUAUUUUGCUGGCCUGUAAAUUAAACGAGAACUGCGCUUGGGAAAGCUCCAACCCUGAUUUAACGAUCGAGUACGACUUGUGGCUCACAAACGGACGUCCUAACUCCAAAGAAGCCAGUUUCUUCACUUUCAACUUCUCUUUCGAUGAACAGGUUAGAUUUAUUCAUAUUUCAGUAUUAGAUGAAGUUUUAUUUUCGACCCAUCUUUAUUUCAAAGUUUCUUAUAAUUUGGUUUCCGCCUCAGUCUUCAAUUUCAAUAAUAUUUCUUUUGAUGCUUCGCAAUCAGUGUUAAUCAAUGUACGCACAACUUUCAGUCAGAUGUGUUCCAAUUGAAAAAAGUCACUAAAACGCGAUUAAAUAGUCAACCUCUGAUCGGAUUUCAUUUCAGAACACUGUCCAAAUACUUCUCAUAACCGUGAUCAUGUACGCUUUCCUGGCUAUGCUCCUAUCCAGGGUGAGAGCUAAAACUAGACAUCACGCUUUGCCUCCACGCACAAGGUGAGUUUUCCCACGAAAUAACAUUCCAAAAAGAAAAAAAUUAGAUUACUUUCUUAUAUUGUAACUGCAAAAAUGGUUGGAUCGGCUUUGCAAUGCAUCAAUGUUCUCGUUUACGCAUACGACGGACAAGGCGUCUUUCUUGCCCGAGUGGCUGGAGAAAUUAUACGGUGAGUAAUUUUAUAAGUUCAAGAAAAAUAGUAUAGUUUUUGCGUAAAGUAUAGGUCAAUUAUGCGGUUUUGAUUCCAACCAGCGGUGAAUGGAGUUCAUAAAAUUCUGUCAGUAAAAAAAAAGAGGCAAAGAUCUUCUGCUUUCAGUUAUUUCAACAGUAUUAAAAAAAAUUGGGAAAAUUAGUAAUAUUUUUGAACUGUGUCAAAGGCAACUUUAAAACUUUGCUGAGAGGUUUUUCUUACCUCUUCCGAAUCACGUGAAAUACAGUAUAAUCGUUGCAAUGGCGCAAAGUUCAGGUUUUCAAAAAGUCAAGUUUUGAGCUAAGAAAAAGUUAUUGAAUUUGAGCAGAAUUAGGAAAAAUACCAGCCGAUUAGCAUUGAAAACAAAUGAUUGAUUGAUAAUUUUCUGAAAUCUCAGAGUUGGAUGCGUUGAAAUGAUGUGCCUGUUGCUCUUGAUGCUGGCUCGAGGCUGGGACAUCACUCAAUCUACGGAAGCUCUCAAUACUAACUGUCUAGCUCUUUGGGGAUUUUUGGCCUUACUCGAUCUCUUCUUUUUCUGCUGUAAUUUUGUGAGUUUUUCCGUGUCACUUAGUAUCCAGCCACCCAUUGAUGAAAUGAGUUUAAUUAAUAAUUAUGUUCAAUUAACUAGGAGGUCUCAACAGAGAACAGAACAACAUUUAAUUGGGUGUAUGAUGGGGAAGACGAUAACUGUUGAGUACAAAAAAAAAUAGAUCCAUUAUUCAUCCGACCGCAAGGAACAGAGUUUUGAUGUAUAAAAGUUUACUAGUUUUUUCAAAUCGCUAAUCCUUUUUUGUCAGAUUUUCGUGUAUGAUACGCUGCACGAUGUCGACGUUUUCUCAGCUUGGCCCGGCCAUGGAAUGAUCGCCAUUCGAAUUUUCUACGCCAUGUGGUUUUUAAUCGAAAUUAGACGUUUGAUAGACAGGUUUUCAUGUUUUCGUUUUAGAGGAAAAUUAAAUCAUGAUUCUCAAUUCCAACCACAGAUUUUUAUAUUAUAAAUAUGUAAAAAAACUUACCUUGAAAAAAUUAUCUUUGGUUUCAACUAAUUUAACUAUUUUUUUAACGAAUUUUUUUCCAAAGGCGACUUUGAAUUUUUUUCUAUCAGUUUAUAUGAAUAAAAAAAAACAUUUUGUGGACGUCUACCAACUUACCUUUGAGUGGAGUUAAGGUUUUUUUAUUUUUCCAUAAAAGCUUUUAAUCCUCUUAGUGUUUUGUACCCGGGUAGAGCUACAGAAUACAGAAAAAUAUCUCGAGUCUUACUUGAUUUUUCCGUUUCACUUAUCAGCUGAUAUUACCAAUUGACCUUUGAUCAUUGACCAAAGAACAGAAAAAAAGUUAUGAGGUGAUGAGUAACUCGAAAAAUGUUUACAGAGAGCAGAACGAAGAAAAGGCAGUUUUUCUCGCCAAUUUCGGAGCAGGAUUUCUUGUUUGGUUCAUUUCUCUGCCAAUGAUUGGAAUUGUCGUUUCCCUUGUGUCGCAACAGUGGAGAUUCUCCCUCAUUUUGGGUAAUCACAUUUCUCAGCAUAGUCUCCAGGAAAACUCGAGUUUUACAGCUCUCACCUCGCUUGCCAACUUCUCAGCCCUCGCUUGCCUCGUUCAUCAAUUCUGGCCAACCUCUUCUUAUCGAAAAUUUUAUGCUGAUUACAUGAGGUUAGAUAAGAACCUACAUUGUUCUCAAGAAGGAAAAAAUGAAACUCUUCAGUGCACACCGACGAUUGAGUCGCACGGAAUCUCAUGAGAUGACCGAGUACGAGUUGAUGCUCUUCUAUGAAGAAUCGGAAUCUGAGAACGAUUAUCCGGAUGCAGAUUCUCAUUUGAACGUCAUUUAG